CCACAAAAAGCGAUGAAAUAAGAAGGAAAGUGCGGAGAAGAAGGGUUGGAUACUUUAAAAUGGAAUCUGGAUUUGUUUAGGGCGAAGCAACGAAAGGAAAGAGGCAAGGAGUGUAUGUCUGUGUGAGAGAGAGAGAGAGAGAGAGAGAGAGGAAAAAGGGGAAAUCGUGCCAGGAUAUUCGCCUGAACCACCGAUUAAUUAAUUCGUCUUUGUUUCGCUUCUCUUUGUUUCCUUUUUUUUUUUUUUUAAGAUCAGAUACUCCGUCGUCCACUUCUCCUAAAUCCAUUUUUUUUUUUUUUUUAAAUAAAGGGGUAUAUUUUUCUUGUUUUCGGUUUGGAGAUUCAUUGUAUAUGUAUCUCCGAUUUUUGUGUUUGUGCCCCUCUGAUCUCUUUCGGUUUCACGAUUGUCGUCUCUCUUGUUCAUAGUGGAAGUGGAGCGAUAUAUUAUGAUUAAUACUAUUUUAGGGAGUAAUAAAAGAAGUUUGUGGAAAAGAUGGGACUAUUUGGUUGAUUAAUUGAUGGAUUAAGGGUCUGGAGUUCCUAGCGAGUUGUUUUUGGCGGAUUUAUUUGGAAGGGAAAGAAUUGUCUAGAACUCGUUAUGUUAAUGUUGAUGUUAAGGAUCAGAAGGAACAGUAGUUGCAUGUUUGCUGCUCAACAUAUUAUGGGUUAUUAUACAAUCAGUAGUAGUAGUUGUCAUAUAACCCGCAAUGAUCGCCCCCUUUUCUUGGUUUUGGAUAAGGGAUUUCAAUGGAACGCCUUGAAUCCUCACUCUUGUACCACUUUUAUCAAUGGAAGUGGACGAGGUCGAAGACCGGGAGGAAGAGGAGGGAUUGCAGUUGGCACUGGCUUUAAUGGCUUCGCCCUCGAUCUCAAAGGUUGCCUGAGGGACGAAGAUAAUAUUGACGCCAUUGCUUUUCACAAAGGAAAGGGAAAAGCAAAGGGAAUGGGUCCCCGUGCAUUCGCUCCGCAGUACCUGCAGUUGCUCCCUGUCCGUGAUCUCGAGAUUGGUCUUCAGGACGGCACUGCUAGUCCUCGUAAUGCCACUGCCACUGCAAACCAAAAUCAACAACAUGGGGCAUCACACCACGGAAGCCCUCUUGGAUUCCCUGACCGUCAUUUGCCCGAUAAAAUUGUUGUCGCCGUUGAUGUGGAUGAGGUUCUGGGAAACUUCGUGUCUGCUCUAAACAGAUUUAUUGCUGAUCGUUACUUUUCAAACCAUUCAAUUUCCGAGUAUCAUGUCUAUGAGUUCUUCAAGAUAUGGAACUGUUCCCGUGAUGAAGCUGAUAUCCGUGUCCACGAGUUCUUUAAAACACCAUACUUCAAGACAGGGAUUCAUCCUAUCCCAGGUGCUCGGAGGGUCCUCCAUACAUUAUCAAGAUUCUGCAACCUAUCAGUUGUGACGUCUCGGCAGAACGCAAUCAAGGACCAUACCAUUGAUUGGAUUGAGAAGCAUUAUCCAGGAUUGUUUCAGGAGAUUCACUUUGGCAAUCAUUUCGCUUUGGAUGGGGUGUCUAGGCCAAAGUCCGAAAUAUGCAGGUCCUUGGGAGCUAACGUCCUGAUUGAUGACAAUCCAAGAUAUGCUAUUGAGUGCGCUGAAAUUGGAAUCAGGGUUCUACUUUUUGAUUAUGAGAACUCAUAUCCUUGGUGCAAGACGGAGUCUGUCAAUCAACAUCCUCUUGUGACGAAGGUUCAUAAUUGGGCAGAAGUGGAAAAGCAGCUGAUGUCUUGGAUUGUUUCUUAGUUAUAUAAUCCUAUAGCAUAAAUUUAUGGGGUCCACCAAGAAAAUUUUUUUGACGGAUGCUAAAGCAAAAACACAAUCUGGUCUUGGUGAAGCAGCUGAAAGAUCUCGUAAACACGGUUGGGUGGGUUUGAGCUGAAA